CUUUUGAGUAAAUUUUUCAAUAAAAUCAACAUUGGCAGCAGUCAUCAAAGCGACGAAAACUGUCUGCUUAUUGUUUUUCAAACACGGUGCGUAAACGUUCUGGUGUACCUGUGCGACAAGCUUGAGUGCAUGCAAAAUAAAAUUCAACCAAUCAUCAUCUGCGUGUGUGCACGACGUAAAUCAGGCGAAAGAUCCACAAAAGUUAUCGCAAAAUGUCGCGAAAUGUGCGCGACGAGCCGCUGUUCAGGAUGUCGUGAUGUCGUGUUAUGCUCUUGAUGUCUUGGUGUCGUGUUAUGCUCUGCAUGUCGUGGCGAGCACUUGCGAAAUUAAAUCUCAAGAGUAAUAAAAUAAGAAAGGUAAGAAAGUAAGAAAAAUCUCUCGGACUUUGGAGCGCACAUCCUCCUUCUUUCAAGGCAGAGUUGUGAUAUCACAGUGUUUGUGUGCAUCCAACAGUUAACCAAAUAGUUGAUUUCGCUUUCACGUCGAAUUCCUCGCCUGUGGAAUGAAAAACAGUUGCUCGCCCUAACUGUCGAGAGUAAGGAGAGUCGGCAAUAAAAUCGGAGUCUUCAUCGAGAGUGGAAUGGGAGCAAAGGCCAGCACUGUGGCCAGUGGCCAAUCUUCUACUGGGGCCAAUGAAACGAUGCAAGGUUUUUCUAUUUUACGUUCUCUGCCCGGCGGUGUCGGAUUACUUCAGCAUCAACAGGGAAGCUCGCAAACAUCUAAUAGUAGACAAAGGGCUCGAAGUUUGAGUUCUGUACCAGAUCUUUCCUCGGGUGAAUCGGGCGAAUCUGGUGGACAGGCACUUGGUCUGCCCGACGUUGACGACAUCGACGAGAGAGUUUAUGCGGCUCACAGUCUGCCUUCACACAUUUGGUCUCUAAAUGGUCUAAAAUGCCCAGUGUGCUCCAAGUUCAUCCUGCCAGAUGACAUCGAGUGUCAUCUGGUUAUGUGCCUGACCAAGCCGCGUCUUAGCUACAACGAGGACAUUUUGGCAGAUGAGAAAGGUGAAUGCGUCAUUUGUCUCGAGGAUCUUCAACCAGGAGAUGUUAUAGCCCGCUUGCCUUGUCUUUGCAUAUAUCACAAAAAUUGCAUCGACAGAUGGUUUCAAGUAAAUCGUAGUUGCCCCGAACACCCUGGUGACUGAUUUGCAUUUGGAAGAGAGAUAAAAGUGAACUAAGCUACUGACCCAUGGGACGCCGCUAGCAUCGGUCGAAACAGAAACAAAUGGAAUGGCAGAUUGUAUAAAAAACUAGUCAAGGUGGCUGCUAGUCCAUGAUGGUGAUUUGUGUACAUGGUGAUAACAUGACUGAGCGAAACUCAAGUGAAUCGAACAUAAGAAGGACAGAUACCUAAUUGAAUCCUUUACUGUUCUACUAAACAAGGGACAAGAAUCGCCAUAAAAUUAACAAUACAAUGCUAUAUUACCUAUACGUAUCUAUAGUUGCACUAUUACUGUUCUCUCGCUUAAACUCAAUUGUACGAUACUUAUGAAUUUUAACUAGUUUAACGUCUGCAACAUCUCGUAAUGCGAGUAGCGUUAAACUGUGCGGUAAUUGUCGUGUUAUGAUUAAAUCUUGUUUGUUUCGACGAGGAGGGACAGGACGAAGGUUAGUUGCAAGGACCAGCGUAGUGAACAGUUGGGUUCUAUCUUAGAUAAAUUAGUUAUACUUGUAAUGAUUUUAAUACCAAGACGAUGCAUCGUUUAUGUUAUUUGCUGGGUCAUGAGUACUAGAAAGGAUAUUUUUGAUACUUUCAUAAAGGGGGGAGGUAAGAUGUAUAAGAGUUUGGAGCGAAGGACAUGCGAUAAUGCUGUAGUAACAAUAAAGGUUCUGAUUUAAUCUUCUUUACUUGUGUUUUUAACAAGUAUGGAUUUGCUGCUGAUACCUGGAACAGAUACUUUGUUUUUGAAACACUUUUUCAUCUAAAUUGAUUUAGUACUUUUGUUAUUAGAGGGAAAUUAAUAUUUCUGACAAUUUACAUUUUUAUACAUCUUUAUGAGAAAAAUAUCGAACUAGCAGGAUGUAAUAUAAAGUCUACGCUUUUUGUGUAUAAGAAAUAAGUGACUUGAAUUGUAAAAACAAUGUUCCGAAAAUCUUAAUGUCGACAAUGAUUAAACAUCGGUUAUGAUUUUAGACACACUUUCUAAUGUUUAUUUCAUUUUCUGAAAUUAUAACGAUUUUCACGGAUUUGCAGUUGAUUUUUUGUAAGAAUGUGUAGAGGAUUUUUUUUUAUAGAGUAUAAUCAUCAAGAAGGCAGCGUGUAGUAAAGGUUGUGUUAUUAGAAAUAGUAUAUUCGAGAUUAAUUGAACAAUAUGCUGGUUAUGUUUACUCAAAUGAAAUUUUAAAACUGAAGGAAAAUAUAAUCUGCUGUUUGUAUAAUA